UGGCGGUAUUGGUAAACAAAUGUCUCGCGGUUGUGAAUUUGAAAUAAAAUUGGCAAAAUGUCGAACCAACGGAAGGACAUGUGGAAGCUCCUUUACAAUCACGUAAACCGAAACGGGAGCAACUUGUCCCGGGUGUACACUGUGAUCGAGGAGAUCCUGUGCCAGGAGCCGAGCCUGAUAAGUUGCUCGUUGGUGCGAGAGCUGCACAACAAAUUCCAGGACACGUUCCUGCUUUGGCUGAUCAACAAACUGGCCAAGUGCCUGAGUGAGCCCAGAGAUGGCAGUCAGUGCAUCAAUCUGCAGAGGAAAAUACUCAGCUCCUGCUGUUCCAAUCACCCCAAGCUGUACGAGCGUCUGGUGCUGGCCUAUGUCGAAGCCCUGGAGGAGACUCACCUGCAGCUGAGUGCCCUUGACUUCAGUCAGGGGUGCGACAAGCAUUCGCGCACCAUAUGCUUGAGCAUCUUCCAGUGCGAUGUGGCCUGCCUUCAGGAGUUCGAUCCGCAGUGCGCGUUCGAGGACAUCAAGGUUCCCAUUGAGCAGGCGGACGUGUAUGCCAAGAGUCUUCUGGAGGUCCUGCAGCAUGCGCAUCACAUCGGAUAUGCCACGCACGGAGACAUAUUCUCGGCCAGCCUGCAUCAGGCCCUGCUAAUCCUGAAGGAGUGCGACAUGGACACAAAACUGGCCAGCUUAACCUACUGCCACAAUGUCCUGCGGUCGCAGUCGGCCAACAGCUGGCUCACAAAUCCGGACGUUGCCCAUUAUGCGGAGCAGACGCUGGAGGCAACGACAAUCAUGUGGUCUAUGGUUCCCAAGUGGCUGGAGAUGAGUUGUAUGACGCGCCCGGACCUCAAACGGCUGAAUGAAACCACCAAACAACUGUUGCUCGUUCUACAGCAGCGUGGCCGUCCGGCUCUGCAGCUUGGCUAUCUCCUUCUAAAUGAGAUUCUUAGUUUGCCCGCAGGCAUUGAUCUAGAUGAUGGCCUAUUGGAAACUUUAAGUGACUUUGUCCAAGGCCAGCUAGAGUGUUCGGUAACUUCGCUGGAGCAACUAGUUCACUUGCAGCAGCUUUUGUUAGGCCAUUGGAACUCCCAUUUACUGCCGAUCCUACCUCUCAUGGCUGUCAAACAGACUGAGAUACGCACAGCCGUGGUGCAAGCCCUGACCCAUGGCCUUGUUCAAAUAAUGGAUAAAAAGGAAUUAUUGCCCAAAAAAUGGACGGAAUUGGUUGCCAUUUUACGUACCUUCAAACAGCUGGAGCAGCGCGUCUUUUCACAGAGCCAGCAUAAGAUAGCUGAGCACGAAGGCCAUAUUAAUUCCUCAGUAUUGGCCAAGUUGCCGCUGCAGUGCGAACUUAUAAAUGGGACGGACACUAACUGGAAUAAUCUUGCGAUGCAGCUGAUCGAGCAGGAGUCAAAAUGCCCCCCAGACAAGAGCCACAUAUACUUGGAAAUCUGCUCGCUCCUGAUGCAGGUCACCUUUAUCAGACACUUCCUGAAGUCGCAAACGCAACACCAGCUGCUGGCAAUUCUUCAGCGGCUCAUGGAAUUAUCGUACCUUUGCGCCAUUCGCUUGGAGACCCCUUCGAGUGCUCAUACUCAAAUGCAAAGCUUCUAUGCCCAGCAGUACAUGAGACUCAUUCAAUCGGACGAGACACAGGAGGUAUUCUGUGACAACCUUCCGCAGUUGUACAUAGCAGGAUACAUAAAGCCGGAGCAGCUGUUGAAAGCCCUGCCCUUUAUUGUAAGUCGAAGGGGGCGCGCUCAUGUUAUCCGAUUACUGCUGUGCUCCCAGGCAGGUACUUUAAGUGUCUUUAAAGUCCAGGACCACAUUGAUUUAUACUGCCCGAAAUGCAGACCACUGCCUGAGACACUCCCAGGCAUUUACCUCGGAAAAUGCAAGCAGCAACUGGUAAACCUGGACUUUUCAAGCGCCUCUAUCCUGAUGAUAGCAAAUGAUUUAUUGUUUAAUCCCGAUUUUGCCUUCAUUUCCCACCACUUGAAUCUGCUGUGCUUUGAACCCAACGUGAUUCUGGGGCUGCUUAAGGAAGCUGAAUUACUGCAAAGGGUUAGCGUGAAAGGCUUCCAGCUCCUGGUCCCUGCGAUGCGUUCCCUUUCGCCAGAUUUCAUGGAGAAAUUGGCCAACCUGGUCCUUGGUGCUAUCAAAGUCAUGCUGGACAAACCGGUCCUAGAGCAAAACGUGGUGCAGCAGAGGGGUGUGCUGCACAUACUAGUCGCCAUUGCCCACACGGAAGUCGAUGAAAUAUGGCUCUUCCACUGGUUCAAAAUGACGUUCUUUUUUUUGGUGCACACUCGUUCUCUGGUGGCUCAGGAGGCCAUACUGGCGGCCACUGAGAUGUGUGCCAACCAUGGUCUGCAGACGAUCAAUCUGUGGAACUGGUACAAGCGCGAUGCUCUCGACCUGGCUGUUCGCCUGGCAUUGACCGGAUAUCUUGCGGAUGGCGUUCGCUUCACCCGAUCCCUAAGGGCGCUUACCAAAAUGUUGGGAUUCACUUGCGUCCAAGAGUUCACCUGCAAAUAUCAUCGUCUUUUGACUGCCAUGGUCCUGCCGCACUGCAUUAUUGAGCCGCGUUCUAAGGGAGUUCUGGUACUGAUAGCCAAACAGUUGCGGAAACCCAUUGCAACUUUGUUUUCCACCUCUUUUCUGCGGCUCUACACCCACGUCUACCUCACCGAGGAACCGGAGCUGGCCAACAGUUGCAUUGAGCUGGUGGUCAGCUGCACCCAGUCUAGCCUGCAGCAGUUAAUGAAUGCCGAUGUGAAGCAAACGGUGGCUGAACUGCUUAUUUAUUUCAACCGGAACCCCACGUUCGUGAUGCGAUCCUUCCAGAGCCUGCUGCAGUUAACGGUCGGUUCCGAGGAGGAACUCUCAAGUCAGACGGCCAACGCGGAGUUUGCCAAUUUUAUUGCUGAGCGAUUCCUGGGUGUGAUCACAUACUUCGAGAGCUGUCUGAGCGAACCGUCUUUUGAAAAGCCGUUGAAGGAGGAGACUCUGUACAGCUUGGGGCAGAUUAUGCGAUUCGUGGGCUCUCAGCACGUCACGCAGUUUCGGUUCAAGAUCAUCGCCAUGCUGAGCUUUGUGCACACAUUGCAGGAGCAUCGCCUCCAGCGCAUUUGCCUGAAGAUCUGGCACAUAUUCCUGCAUGUUGUAAAUGUGCAGGAGCUGGGACCGUCGUUGGGACGAAUUGUGGCCACCUUGCAGCCGCUGCUGGCGGACAGCGAGAGCGUGAAGCAAGUCAAUGACCUGUAUGAGUUUAUAAUCCUGCGCAACGCCUCAAUGCUGGGCAGCUUUAUGACGGACCUGUACUUCCUGGAGCGCAUGGAGAACGUCUCGCCCACCAUUCAACGGUGCGUCAGAAGGCACACAGCCCACCUGGACCUGAAGGGAUCGGGGGAGGAGGAGGGACAAUCAUAUUCGGCGCCGCAACUGGUCGAACAGUUGCGCUUCCUGCAAAAGCACAUCACCGACGAAUGCUUGCAGGUGCGCGUGUACGCCCUGCAGCAUCUUGGCGAACUGUUUGGGAGGCGACGACCCGAGCUUAACAGCACGAUCCUGAAUGAACUGCCUCUGGAGCCGCUGCUGGAGCAGAUUUUGAACGUCCUGAUGGCCGGCUGCCAGCACGAUGAUCGUCAACUGCAAAUGGCCUCGGCCAAGUGCCUCGGGGAACUGGGAGCCAUUGAUGCCAGCUACCUACUCUCGAACUACAACUUCGCCAGUCCCCAACAGCUGCCGUUAAACAUUCUGUCCGACGACUUUGCCGUUUUAGCCCUGACCUCGCUGUGCCGUGGCUAUCAGUUCCAGCAGAAGACGAAGCACGUCGACAGCUUCUCGCUGGCCAUCCAGGAGACGCUGGCCGUUUGUGGCAUCUCGCCCAAGGAGCAGAAGAAGGUACAGCUCUGGCAGUCGCUGCCGGCUCGAAUGCGCCAGGUGAUGGAGCCCCUACUCCACUCCUGCUACACCAGUUGCCAGCGCCCAAGCACCUGCCUGCAGCAGCCGCUCUUCGGCAGCCACUACUCCCACAACUUUUAUGAGGAGUGGGCCUUCCUCUGGGCCAGCCGACUGAUCGACUACAUCCAAUCCGCGGACACGCGCCACCUGCUGAGCUCCUACAAGCCGUGCAUCAAGCGGGAUGGUAAUAUGCUAAGCACCUUCUACCCAUACAUACUCCUGCACGCACUGCUCGAGUGCACGGAGGAGCAGCGAAGCCACAUCCAGGAGGAGUUCAUGGUCGUCCUGCGCGCCAACGAGGAGAGCUCGAGCUCAGUCAGGAGUCGCCAGGAGCUGGGGGCCAUUAAGGAAAACGCCUUCAAGCAAUUCGAAUCCCGUAAGUACGCCGCGGGCAUCAAGCCAUCCGUGACUAGCUCUGUUUUGGAGCGCAAGGAGGACUCCAGUCGUGUUCCUCGCCUGGCUGGCAAGUUGUGCGCCGAGCUCCUGGAAUUCCUGCAGCGCUGGCUCAGGGAAUGGCAGCGAAUCCAUGGCCGUAGCACCGGCGGAAAGCCGCCGGAAACGAUAGAUGCUAACUACCGAAAGAUCCACGAGUUCCUGAACCAGAUACCCAAGCUGUUGGUGUCUCGCGCCAGCUACAAUUGUGGCGAGUACGCUCGGGCCCUUAGCUACCUGGAGAGUUAUUUGGAGGAGGGCGAGGACAAAUCCAAGAGGCUGCUGGAGCAGUUUACGUUCCUGGUGGAGGUGUACGGCUCACUCAGGGACCCCGAUUCGGUGGAGGGAGCGGUGCAGGUGCGCAGUUGCGACAUGAGCGUCAUGCAGGACAUCGUCGUUAAUCGGUUGGUGGAGCGGCAGCAGGACAUGAUCACCUCCUACGAGCAGCUGCUCUCCAGCACGGACCAGAUGCAGCCGGAGCACGUCCGCGCCAUGGUCGACGCCUAUUUGAGGGACACUCCGAAGACCGCCCAGCUGAUCGCCGACGGGCUCUGGCAGCGGCUGCCUGACCAGUACUCGGAGCAGUGCUUCGCUGAGUGCAAGUCGGAGUUGCUCUGGCGCCUGGGAAGCUACGACGAGCUGGAGGAGAUGCAGUCCAACUGGCCGGCUCAGUGCUCCCAGGGCUGUCUGAAGCUGCGCAGGCCACUCACCACGCGCACCGAGUUCAACUCGCAGCUGGACGGGAUGCGGGGAUCGGUGCUGGAGCAGCUGCGCAGCUGCUCUGCAGUCCAGCAACACUCGUACGCCAAUGCCUACGAUGCUGUGCUGAAGCUGCACCUGGUCCAUGAACUGCAGUGCAGCCAGCAGCUCGUAGAGCAGCUCGAACAGGAUCGCGACCGGGACAGUCAGGAGCAGCUCAUGAAGAAGUACUUCGAGGACUGGCAGUACCGCCUGCAGGUCAUACAGCCGCAAGUACGGGUUCAGGAGUCCAUUUACAGCUUCCGCCGGAAUCUGCUGGCGGAGCUUCAGCGCCGCCUCUCGGAUCGCGACCACCUGCUCCCCCACUUGCAGACGGAACUGGCCAGGAUCUGGCUCAACAGCGCGCAAAUCAACCGCAACGCUGGCCAACUGCAGCGCGCCCAACUCUACAUUCUGAAGGCGGCGGAGUACAAGCCGACGGGCCUCUUCAUCGAGCGCGCCAAGCUGCUCUGGCAAAAGGGCGACCAGGUGAUGGCCAUGAACUACCUGGAGGAGCAGCUGUCCAUCAUGCGCGUGGCGUGCCACGGCAACGUCAAGCAGCUGGAACCGGAGCAACGCCACCUCUUCUUUCAGGGAAAGUACUUGCAGGCCGUGUACAGCGCCGAGUCAAUGCACCUGUGCGCGGAUGCCGUCCUCAAGUACUUCGAGGAGGCCAUUGCCGUGCACCGCCAGUCGGAGGGCUGCUACGUACAGCUGGCGCAGUUCCUGGAGAAGAUGCGCGAGGCCAGGCAGGGCAGUCCGUCGGUGCCCACCGGCGAGUUGGACGACAUGCUGAUCAAUGUGAUGGUGAACUAUGCGAGGUCCCUGCGCUACGGCAGCGAGCAUGUCUACCAGUCUAUGCCUCGACUGAUCAGCCUUUGGCUGGACACGGCCGAGUCCUCCACGAACUCCGAGCAGGUGAAGAAGAUGAACGAUCUGCUGACGAACUGCUGCACCGCGUUGCCCACGGCCAUGUUCUACACGGUGUACUCCCAGAUGCUGAGUCGGCUCUGCCAUCCCCUGCCGGAGGUGUUCUCGGUCCUCCGCAACGUGAUAAUCAAACUGGUGGAGGAGUAUCCCCAGCAGUCCCUGUGGAUGCUGCUGCCGCACUUCAAGUCGGCCAAGUCGAGCAGGAUCAAGCGCUGCAAGCUCGUGCUCACGGACAGCCGCCUGCAGAACUCCGCUUUCCAGAAACUGCUGAACGACUUUAACUCGCUGACGGAGCGCCUCAUGGACCUCACCAACAAGGAGGUGGCCCUGGACCGGACAUACAAGUUGAGUGACCUGGACACCCGCCUCAGCAAACUGUGCAAACAGCCGGAGUUCUCGAAUAUACUCCUUCCCUUUGAGAAGUACAUGCAACCAACACUGCCGCUCAACUCGGACAGCCACACAUCGACGCUGUCGCACAUUCCGUCGAGCUCGGCGAAGGCAAACUGGUUUCCCUACCAGCAGAUAUACAUCAGUGGCUUCCAGGAGUCGGUGCUGAUCCUGCGCUCGGCGGCGAAGCCCAAGAAGCUGACCAUUCGCUGCAGCGAUGGCCAGGACUACGAUGUUUUGGUCAAGCCCAAGGACGAUCUGCGCCGAGACGCUCGUCUGAUGGAGUUCAACGGCCUGGUCAAGCGUUAUCUGCACCAGAAUGCACCUGCCAGACAGCGGCGACUCCACAUCCGCACCUACGCCGUGCUGCCGUUCAACGAGGAGUGCGGCCUGGUCGAGUGGCUGCCCAACCUGGCCUCGUACCGCAGCAUCUGCAUGGGCCUGUACGCUCAGCGCGGCCUGGUGAUGUCCAGCCGACAGCUGCACCAGCUGGCCGUGCCCCUGAACGACCCCAUCGAGCGCAAGCGGGAGAUCUUCACCAAGAAGCUGCUGCCCGCCCAUCCGCCGGUCUUCCAGGAGUGGCUGCGCCAGCGAUUCGUUACCCUGCACAGUUGGUACGAGGCGAGGAACACCUACAUCCGCACCGUGGCCGUCAUGUCCAUGGUGGGGUACAUCCUGGGACUCGGCGACCGGCACGGAGAGAACAUCCUGUUCGCCGAGGGCAGCGGCGACGCGGUCCACGUGGACUUCAACUGCCUGUUCAACCAGGGCGAGCUGCUCGCCUACCCCGAGGUGGUCCCCUUCCGGCUCACCCAGAACAUGAUCGCCGCCAUGGGUCCGCUGGGCGUGGAGGGCAGCUACCGCAAGUGCUGCGAGAUCACGCUGCGCCUGCUGAAGCAGGAGACCAAGACCCUGAUGUCCAUGCUGAGGCCCUUCGUCUACGACGUGGGAGCCCAGACCCGAACUGGCGCCGCAACCUCCAAGAUUACAAGGGAUGUGCAGCGCAUCGCCGAUCGCCUGCAAGGACACGUUAAGCUGCAGCAGGCCAACAGUAUUCCUCUUUCGCCCGAGGGACAAGUCAACUUCCUCAUCAACGAAGCCACCAAGGUGGACAAUUUGGCUGUCAUGUACAUUGGUUGGGGGGCGUUUCUUUAGUCGUAAGUGUUGCGAUCUGUCGAGGGUUCGCAACAAAUACUCUUAUUUCUACGGAUUGUUGUACAAAUACUGGUUCCACUCUUGUUUUUUUUGGAUGAAACACAAAUUUUUGAAGUUAAUAAAACCAUAC